UGCACACAACAUUUAUGGGGUUUUACUAUAAAAUCACGGGAGAGUAUGGCAUUAACACACUCGGGCCGUGAUUACACGGCUUGAAACACAUACAAACAUAUUUAAAUUAAUUUGCUUUGAAUCUGCCUGAAGUCUUUUAACGGAUACAACAAAAUGAGUGAUUCCAAGAGCAGACUGCUGCUGUUCUUCGACCGGCCGUCCGAGCCGUGUUUCCUGCAGAAAGGUGACGAUAACGUCGCCUUCGAAGUGCCCGAUCAUUACUAUCCGGAUAAAUACAAAAGUUUGACCAACACCCUGGCGAACCGGUUCGGGAGCGGUGAGGUGCGCACCAUUCCCGUGAAGAACAUCGCCCUGCCCGACCUGUCCCUGCCACUCCAACUGCCUUACAAUGACCAGUUCUCACUGUUCGUGGCCAAGCACCGCCGGAUGGCUGGCAAGCUUAUCGACAUCUUUAUAAACAUGCGUGACGUGGACGACCUGAUCUCCCUGUGCUCGUAUUGCCAAAUGAGGGUCAACCCUUACAUGUUCAACUACUGUCUCUCAGUCGCCAUAUUGCACAGGCCGGACACGAAAGGCCUGCAGGUGCCACCGGUGGUGGAGACGUUCCCUGACAAGUUCAUGGAUCCAAAGGUGUUCAGGAAGGCCCGAGAAACCACCACCGUCAAUGCAUCUGGUAACAGGAUGCCAAUAACCAUCCCAACCAACUACACCGCGUCGAACUCAGAGCCGGAGCAGCGGGUGGCGUACUUCCGCGAAGACAUCGGCAUCAACCUUCACCACUGGCACUGGCACCUCGUGUACCCUUUCGAGGCCGCCCGCGAGAUUGUCAAGAAGGACCGCAGGGGAGAACUGUUCUAUUACAUGCAUCAACAGAUCAUCGCUAGAUACAACGCGGAGCGACUGUGUAAUGGUCUGGGCCGUGUUACCCGGUACAGCGAUUUCCGUGCGCCCAUUGGCGAGGGCUACUUCCCCAAGCUCGACAGCCAGGUCGCCAGUCGCUCCUGGCCGCCAAGGUUUGCCAACACAGUGAUCAGGGAUAUUGACCGUCCGGUGAAUGAGAUCAAGAUCGACGUCUUCCAGCUAGAGACGUGGCGUGACAGGUUCCUGCAGGCCAUCGACAGCAAUGCCAUCAACAUGCCAAACGGCAGGAAGGUACCACUGAACGAGGAGACCGGCAUCGACGAGCUCGGCAACCUGAUGGAGUCCUCGAUCCUGAGCUUGAACCGUGGCUACUACGGGGACCUGCACAACAUGGGCCAUGUCUUCAUAGCAUACUCGCAUGACCCCGACCAUCGCCAUCUGGAAGAGUACGGCGUGAUGGGCGACUCGGCGACAGCGAUGCGCGACCCGGUGUUCUACCGCUGGCACGCCUACAUCGAUGACAUAUUCAAUCUUUACAAGAGCAAGCUCACGCCCUACGGAGACAGUCAGUUGGACUACCCCGGCAUACGGGUAUCAUCCAUCAGCGUGGAGGGUCCCGCCGGCGCCAACCGCUUCGCGACCCAGUGGCAGCAGAGCCUGGUGGAACUGUCCCAGGGGCUGGACUUCACUCCUCGUGGCAGCGUGCUCGCCAAGUUCACGCACUUGCAGCACGAGGAAUUCACUUAUGUUAUCGAGGUAAACAACACGAGCGGGCAGUCGAAGAUGGGCACGUUCCGCGUGUUCAUGGCGCCGAAGACCGACGAGCGCGGGCAGCCGCUCGCCUUCGAGGACCAGAGGCGCCUCAUGAUCGAACUGGACAAGUUCACUAGGGGACUGAAACCUGGCAACAACACAAUCCGCCAACGAAGUUUGGACUCCUCAGUGACUAUUCCCUUCGAGAGGACAUUCCGCAACCAGGCGAACCGGCCUGGAGACCCGGGCUCCGCCACCGCUGCAGAGUUUGACUUCUGCGGCUGCGGCUGGCCGCACCACAUGCUGAUACCCAAGGGAACGGAGCAGGGCUACCCUGUCGUUUUAUACGUUAUGGUUUCUGACUGGAAUGCUGAUAAAAUCGAACAAGAUACGGUCGGUGCAUGCAACGACGCCGCCUCGUACUGCGGCCUCCGGGACCGCAAGUACCCAGACAAGAGGCACAUGGGCUUCCCCUUCGACCGGCGCUCCGAGGCCCGUAACCUCACCGACUUCCUUAAACCCAACAUGGCGACCAGGGACUGCACUAUCAAGUUCACUGACGCUAUCAGGGAGGGGACACAACGCCAAUAAAUGGAGACAGGGCUGACCGUAGCAUAAUCUACAGAUUGGAAUUAAAACCGUUAGCAUCCUUUGAAAGAAGUGUUCUCCUAACGAAACUGAACUUUGUCACCAAAGAAACAUGGCUCGAAAAGAUGCAAACAAAUUUGAGCCUCCCAUACAAACAUAAGAUAUGGAAAUUUCGAAAUUUUAUUAUCGUUUUGAAUUUUUUAUUCCUAUAAUUUUAUUUUUAACAUGUUUUAUACCACAGAUACAUUCUUAGUUUUACGUU